AGUUUUGAGGAAUUAGAUUGCAUGUUUUGGAGUUCUUGCAGCAAAAAACAAUAGUUAAGGAAGAGUUUUGUGACUAUUCGGUAGAAUGACGAAACACAAAGAAUCUUCGAUAAAGAUCUAUUUGGAACGAGUAGAGGAGCUAAAGAAGUUGUUGUCAGAGCCAUCGGCAAAUUUUGAGAUUUAUACAGCCAGAUUAGAACUCCAAGAUUUAUAUAAAAAAGUAAUCAUUAUGGAUGUAGAAAGAGCAUUGGAUAAUAAACUGGAACAAGAAUUAUGGACCCAUGCCUUUAAAAAUCAUAUAAACGAUCUGCAAGCGAAAACCAAGAAUAAAUCCAAUCCAAAAAGAAUUGAAAUGCAAGCAACUCUCAACUUGUUCUUAGAAGCUGCCAGCGGCUUCUACACACAACUGUUACUGACUCUUUGCCACACAUUUCGCGUUAAUUUGCCGUUCAUGACUCCAUCAGUUUUAGAUAUGUAUACUUUAGGUCACCGCCAACAUAAAGGUAAAAAUGUUGCAAAAAGCUCAGUAAUGAUUUUAUGUCAGCAUUGUUUAGUCCAUCUUGGAGAUAUAGCUCGCUAUAGGCAUCAGGCUAAUCAAGCGGAAACUUAUUAUCGUCAUGCUAUAACAGUUGUACCAUCAAGCGGUCAACCUUUUAACCAAUUAGCUAUAUUAGCUUCACAGUCUGGAAAUAAGCUUUUAACAGUAUUUUAUCAUGUAAGAUCAUUGGCAUUAAAAUACCCAUUUAGAGUUGCGAUAAACAACUUGGAGAAAGUGUAUCACAAAUAUUCGGAUGAAAUUAAUUCUGAUAUUCGUCAAAAAAUGACAUCGAAAGAUUUUGCUGAUGCUUUUGUUCAAUUACACGGGCUCAUCCAUCUUAAUAAAGAUUUUAAUCUUGCUAAGAGGUUAGCAGAAAAAGUAAUUCAUGGUGUAUCUCAUCAAAUUUCAACAGGAUCUUUUAGCACAUUCCAAUUAUUGCAAUUGAUUGCAAUAAACGUAUUCUCCAUCAAUUUUAUUCAACGUAGAUUGGAAAAAGACAUUUAUAGAUAUAGUGAAGUGAAAUCAGAAGCAAAUGAUAAAAAUUCUGACAAAUGCGAAAUUCCGUUUUGGCUAACAGUUGUUAUAUUGGAAAAUAUGCUUUCUCAAAUACCUAAACAAGAAGCCAAAGUAAAAGAUUUUUAUUCCCUUCCUGCUAUCAAGAUGGCAUUGGAAUGGCUCCUUACAGUUAGCGAUAAACUAUCACAUCCUAAAUUGAAGGAAUCUUCAAUAUGGAAGGACUUAAGUAAACUCUUAAAUUGUUUACAAUUCUGCUUUAAAACCGAUAGCGAUUCAGAAAAAGCUGAAUUUGAAAAAUAUCCCCUGGAGGAGGACUUCGAUUUACAAUGUUUUAUGCCUUUAACUGAAUGCAUGAAGCCUCUUGAUUUUACAAAAACUUGGAGAGGAAUUGAAAAUGCCAAGGAAAUGCAGAUGCGAUUACGGUGCACUCGUUUAGUUGAAAUUGGUCUUGCUAUAUGUGAUAAACAUCCAUCCUUAACGAUUCUUACGUAUGAGAUGAUAAAUGGUACGAAAUAUCAGUUCUCAGUGCCUGCUAUAAAAUAUUGUAAGGUGGUUGAAGGAGAUAUUGAACAAAGUAAGCAAACAGUUGCGAUUCAAGCCGAUCCUGAUGGUGCUAGCGAGGCAGUUUCAUCAGAGCGACUAGAAAAUCGCAUGUCUACUGCUAUUGGAACUGCUCGUCGGAGUUCAUCACCCAAAACUAAUAUUUGGCUUUUUGAAACAAACGAAGUCAGAAAGGAUGAUACUGAAAAUGUUUCAACUACAACAUCGGCUUAUUCACUCUUUCCUACAUCCAAUUGGCUAACAUCAAUAAAUACUGCGAAUGAAAAUUUUAAAGUGAAUGAAGCGUCCUCAUCAUCUGCAAAUUGGCCUAUGGCAUCUUUUCCCCAAGCAACUACUCCUUCUGUGUUACCCUCAUCUAGUGGAGAUAUCUCGAAAAAUAUGUUCUCCGAUGAGAAAGAAACUUCACCCCUUGCGAAACUUCUGCAAGAUCAGCGAUCGAAAUCUCAAACCAAACCUUGA